CUCUUCAGUCUGCUGUUAGCCCCGACAUGCGUAUCAAAGUCACCACUGGUCCUCCUCUUCCCCUCCUCAAGGCGUGGUUUCCCGUGCCGUCUGCUCAUCCAGAAACGCCCUCAGAAUUUACUGUUGCAAACCUCAAAACUCGUCUAUGCAACACGCUACCCCUCCUUAGUACCGUUGCCGCCUCCUCGCUCCGUCUUUCUAUCGACGGAUUCGAGCUCCUGGACGAUUGCGACAUCGGAGUCGUAAGGGACGGUGACCUGGUAUGCAUUGAGCAGGUAAAUACAUCUGAAAAGGUCAUAAAGCCGAAGGGAAAUCAGUCGGAACGAAGUAGAUCUUCUCGGAAACCUACACCUCCCCUGCGGGAUAUACACCCCACAUCCAAAAAGCGGAAACGUUCCCUCGAAUCCACGUCGACAUCGGAGUCCGAGUCCACACCUGAGUCUGACACCUCUAGUUCAUCUUCGUCCCCGUCGCCGUCCUCCUCCUCGUCUUCUACUACCACUGACUCGGAAGCAGCCAGCACAACAUCGGACUCCUCCGAAGAAUCCGAGUCAGAGACUUCAGAACCUGAUUCUGGUCCAUCCCUCGCCUUGACCAGGCGAACUGACUUGCAAGCGGCAAAACCCAAGCUACCUCCCUGUCGUCCAUCCAACCCCCCACCAAACUCCGUUCGAGGUCAACUUACUUAUGUUCCACCUGGGUUCGGUAAACCACAGACCCGUGCUCGCAAUAAGAGGAGACGAUUGAAGAGGUUGCACGAUCGUGAAGCAGUACCGCCAGCGUCUGGCCUACUUUCAGGACCAAACGCUAUCGCAACGGAUUUAUUUGCACACACAGAGAAUCAUCAUGAUGGGAGCGGCCGUCCUCAGGAGUCGGAGAAAUCCAGCAGCGAGAACACUCCUGACGUCGUUUUCCUGCCUUCGUUAUCGCUUCGGAACAAGAACAAAGCCAAAAAUUUCCGAUCACUCUUAAGCAAACCUCUACCACCCAAAAUCAUUUUUGCAGGCGAGGAAGAAAAUGGAAUUUCAGUCCAGAUAGAGUCAUCUACAGCAAACGUGCAUUCUUCGUCUGUGGAUCCUUCUCAGUUAGCAUCUAUUUCGAUGCAGACGAAGGUUGAACGACAACCACCCGCUACAAUAAGCACGCCGCCGCUUGUACCGCCUUCUUCUCGUCCUUCGUUACCACCCAACCUCUUUGUUACUAGUGUGGACGUGGAAGCAGGAAUUCUACGGCCCAAGAAGAAGAGAAAGAUACGCGCCGCCGCAGAGUACGGUUCCGCAGUUGCAGAACGUGGCUAUUAUGCACCAGCCCCGGCAGGUAGGGACCUCGUGGAGGGCACUGGACAUGGUGAAGUGAACGUCACGCUUGAUUACGGGGACAACGAGGCCGACAGUCAGCAGGAGAGAAUUCCACGGGAGCAGUCUCAGGAAGUGACGGGUCCCCUAGACGUAGGUCUGAACGGACUGGAACAGUCAGCCAUAUCGAACUGGACACAGUUUCCCAAAGUCACUCGAGAGAUCCAGGUGGGUUUGAAGGUCGGGGACGUCAUAGCAUACAAGGACCUCGGUAUUAACCCAACAACCUACACUCCUGAAUACCUGAUUACCAUUGCGAGGGUCAUGUCAAUUGACCCAAUCAAGGAAGGACAGAUCGUUGUGAGGCCAUUACAGCCCCGAACCGAACUGUCAUUCGGCGCGAGGCUUGGUCAGGAUGCCGAAGAAGUUCACGAAGAGGAAUUUGCAUGGGACGAUAUUCUCAAUGGUGAUUGGAGGUUCAUUAUGGAGUGUUGAUCGUCAUACCCAGUUCCCUUGAAGUAUACAUUCUGCUGAAUUCCGGCCAUUGAUCGCCUAUUGGCAUGGGCAUUCCACUUAAAUGCUGUCUGUAUUUUGGCUUGUGGAGAGGGUUGUCAGGAAACCUUUGACGCUACAACGUCGCUAAUGCAGGGAUACCAUUCCCGGUCCCGAGAGGCCUGCCCGAGUUCCGCUACAAUUCGUCAUUGGUACCUUCCGAUGAGUGCCCCGAGAUAAUCUUGAAUCUUACAUGGCUGAUCCUCUCUGCGCUACUCAUUCCACGACAAGCACCUUUGGGUCAGUCAUCCACUCGACGGGUUCACACCCACUAAUCCAGAUGACACUCGCAGAUAUGAUACCCCUUACGCAUACUCGAAUUCCUGGACCCAUCCUGGUCCAGGUCUCAAAGUUGUUUUGUCCCCCGAGUUU